GCGAAAGUCCCCGGCCCGCCUUCGCUUUCGCCUCCCCGGCGCGCUCCCGAGGGCACCGCGGGGCCGGGCCGGGCGCGGGGCGCGAUGGCGGAGCCGGGGUCGCCCAUGCGGCUGAAGGAGUGGCUGAUCGCCCAGAUCGACAGCGGCCGCUACCCGGGGCUGCGCUGGGAGGACGGCCGCAGGACGCUGUUCCGCAUCCCCUGGAAGCACGCGGCCAAGCAGGACUACCGGCAGCAGCAGGACGCGGCGCUCUUCAGGGCUUGGGCCGUGUACAAGGGGAAGUACCACGAGGGCACGGACAAGGCCGACCCGUCCACCUGGAAGACGCGGCUCCGCUGCGCGCUCAACAAGAGCACCGACUUCCAGGAGGUGCCCGAGCGGAGCCAGCUCGACAUCUCCGAGCCCUACAAGGUGUACCAGAUCGUCUCCGACGGCGCCCGCGACGCAGAGAACGAUGGUGGCCCGCAGCCCCUAGCCGGCGAGGACCUGCAGGGCCGUGCCGCAGGGAGCCCGGCCGAGGAGGGCGUGCGGGGCGCCGGGGGGUCCUGGCACGGGUCUGCGCUCCCCCUGCUCUCUGCCCACCCGGCUGAGCGAGGUGAGAAAAGAGCCCUGGGGGUAGGGGGGGUCACGUGGGAUGGGGCUGGGGCAGGAGGGCAUUGCUGCCCCGCCGGAGGCACCCCGUUUUCCAGAGCCUUGUGCCCAUGGGAAUGGAGACCGGGGCUGGGACUCCCCUCCUUUGAGUCCCAAAGCGAAGCUGCCUGGUCGUGCACUGACGGCUUUAACGAGGUGCAGCAACGAGCAGCAGCUGUGGGAAGCACCCGCCAGCCCUGGGGGCUGGGGCUGGGACAGGACCCCCGGGGACAGCUGCCCACAUCCCUCUGCCAUCUCCGUCCUGACCCAGGGUACCACAUACGGGGAGUCUUCUACGGCUGGAACCCAACCCACGGCCACUUCCUCCCCAGGCCCCCCUCCUACCUCCCCGUCGAGGAUGUCAACCACUCAGACUGCUGGCUCCACGUCCGCCUCUACUACUGCGAUGUGCUGGUGAAGGAGCUCACCACCCGCACGGCCGAGGGCUGCCGCAUCGCCUCCCGCGCCGAGUCGGCCGACAGCGAGCGCCUCUACGGCCCCUCGUGCAUGGAGCAGAUCGAGUUCCCCCCGCCGCGGGCGCUCGGCGGCAGCAGCCGGGUGGCCGGCGUGACCGAGGUGCUGGAGCGGCUCCUGCCCCACCUGGAACGUGGGGUCCUGCUGUGGGUGGCCCCCGAGGGGGUCUUCAUGAAGCGCCAGUGCCAGGGCAGGGUGUACUGGAACGGGCCGCUGGCCCCGCACCGGGACUGGCCCAACAAGCUGGAGCGGGAGAAGACCUACAAGCUGCUGGACACGCAGCAGUUCCUGCAGCAGCUGCGGAGGUACCUGAGCCAGGGGCAGCCAGCGCCGCAGUACCAGAUCCACCUGUGCUUUGGCGAGGAGUACCCCACCAGCGCCAGCCACCACUUCCAGAAGCUCAUCAUGGCCCACGUGGAGCCGGUGUUCGCGCGGGAGCUCUUCCAUCACGCCCAGCGCAUCGGCCCCACGCUGCUGCGCGACUGCCCCCAGCCCUGUGCCCCCGGCGCUCCUGGCCACAUCGUCCACGUCCUCCAGCAGCUCUGCCAGCCCUGAGCGGGGCAGCCGAGGCGCGACGAAGCCUCGACCGUGCUCACCGCUGCGGAGCAAGGUGCUCAGCCUCCCCGCGGCUGCGCUCCGGCCCUGGGGACAAGCGGCCUCCCAGCAGCGAUGCCGCAAGCUGCCGUGCGCGGGGCACUUGGCGCGGCGGGGACGGAGGUGGGUGGAUGCUGGCCGGAGCAGGAGCUGUGUUUCUUCCCGAGAACCGCUGGGAACCAUCCGGGGGGUGGCUGGGUGCUUGUUUGGUGCGCAGGGCAGCGGUCCAGGCUGGCGGGGGACAGCCAGCUCCGUCCUUGUGCUUUGCACCGCGGGGACUCGCUGUUUGUGGUAUGUAGGAAUAAAGGUUGUGUUUCAUA